AGAUGUUAACAAUGUUCUCUGGCUGGAUCUGGUUUGGUGUAGUUGUCCUUAAACCACCGGAAACCUUUGCUCAAGAACCCUCCCUCGCAGCCCAAGAUACUACCAACUAUAUGGGAGAAUAUGAUCUAUCAUUUAACAGGUUGGAUGAGAAGAGUGUUGAUGACAACGGAAAACCAAAAUCUACCUCAUCUUUCCACACAUCUCCCAAAGCAGGUGUACCAUGUCCUGGAGGGGAACAUGGUUCAUAUGAAACACUCACAGGGAAAAAGUUAUGUUGGCUCAAAUCUGAACAGCUUCAAUCAUUGUAUAACUCUGGAAAGGCUCCUUUGAAUCAAAAAUCACCGCCAUACCGCGACAGAGCGACUAGAUUGGAAAUAUGCGCAACUCUUGGUCUAAAUUGGAGAACCUUUGAGAUCGAAACCUUUGAUGAGUUCAUGUGGUUUUCUACAAGAAUGACCGGUCCAGGAUGGUUAGCAAAAAGAAAUUAUUCUGAUAUAAGCAUUUUUGAGGGUAUCUGGAUGGAUGUGCGAUGGGAUGGAACCAGAUAUGUCUGGGACAGAUCUGGAAAACCUCUGACCAACCGAAAACUUCCAACAAUGCAUCGAUCCCUGAUCCAUGCUGGUGAUUGUACCCCGACUGAUGCAGUUUAUGGAUGCCCUACACCAACAGUUAUAACUGCAGGAGCCUAUACCUGCAGAACAAGACCAAUAAAGACGCAAACUCUGGACUUCUUCAAACAAGCAAUCGGAGGUUGGAACCGGAACAUGGACGGACAGGGUCCAACCUACUCAAACUGCAAUGGAGAAUGGUCAAGGGAUAUUGGUGCACCAUUUUUUGAGUUUGUUCCUUUUAAUGGUUGGCAAGCUACUGGACUACUUGAUAUAACUGACGGUUUAGGUUUACGACUGCAAUAUUAUGAUAUUAAUGAAACUCCAGAAGAAAUUACUGAUGGAGCUGGUGAUAAUGGAAAAGCUUGGAUGGUACGAGAAGGAUCAGGGCUUCUGAAGAUGAAUAUGUUCGGAAUAUGUAGACAUCCGAAUGCCGGUCAUUCUGCUUUUGAUGUGAUGAACGCAGCGUGGGAAUAUGCACUAGCGUUUUAUUCCAACUUUCCUGCCUGUCGUUGGGAUACUACUUCGGGAUCGAAAACUGGAUUGAUAUGUGAAAAGCUAGCUUCUGGGCCUCCCGGACCUGUGUAUGCAGAAUUUAUGUAUACAAAAGUUGAAUUAACAAAUUGCCUUGUACCUAUUCCUACUAACAUGAGAUAUCCUGAUAUGAUUGUGGACGGGAGUGGUAAUCCAUAUAAGACCAAUAAUAACAAUUUUUGGUACAACUGCCAGAAACCUAAAGGAUAUUAUAGCAAAUAUAUCCAUCAAAUGAAUUCUAAAACUCUGCCUGGUGGACUGGCUAAUAUUAGACUCUCCUUCAACUAUUAUUGCAAUGGUGUGGAUAAAAAUAACUGUAAUAUGACAGUGUAUCAGGAACAGAUUGGGCCUACUUUUUAUAAAAGAGUUAACCUGUUAACCCUGGAGAAUGAGGACAAGAGUCCAGACUGGAAAUAUUUCUCAAUAAUGCUUCCACCCAGCCCAGUAGACUUUAAGAUUGUACUUCUUGGUGAGAUUGGACAAAUUGAUGGUGGACUUGGUAUUGAUAACUUUGUUUUUAGUACUCAACAAAAAUGCAAUCCAAGUUGGCAUUCUGUAACUGGAUAUGAAUUCAUCACUGACCUUUCUUAUUAUGAGGAGAACUUUCCUAGGAAGGAAAGCUUUACUGGAGGUGGAAUCAACUUAGAUGAUCUGAAAAAUAGAUAUAAAGUUGUAGUUGUUCCUGGGAUCAAAUCUGUAGAACAAUGUUCAAGGUUCUGCGGUCUUGGAACCCAAUGUGAUAUGUUUAACUUUGAUCCAACAACAAUGAAAUGUUCAUAUUUUCCUCAUGCUGCUUUGAAACCAAGAAAUCUGAUGGAAGUUAUUCAAUUAUCAGCAAGCCCAACAAGCAAAAUAUAUUUCAUGGAAUGCAGUCAAUCCAUGGAAUUAAAUCUUAUUGCUCAGUCAGAUCCGACUACUAGCAAUCUACGGGAUUAUGAAAUAUCUCACACCUGCACCUCAAAUUAUCGACUUGGAGUAGCAGUUGAAUUAACUGAACCACAAUUUUUAAAAUCUUCUAUGGCAGGUUACCAAAGUUUACCAACUGCUUUUUGUAAUGGUCCGUUCCAGUUUAGUAGAGAUAAAUCACUUUCGAUUGUUGACCUGGAGAAUCUUGGGUUUACUCAAGACUAUAUAUCCAAGAUAAAACCUGCUGCUGUGACAUCACAUUACACUUGGGUUAAACCUAAUGCUUUAAAUAAUUGUAAAGUUAAUACAAGUUCUGAUCUUAAUUCAUGUAUAAUACAAGGUUUAACAUCAACGAAAUUUGACUUAACCCUCCUAGUUGAUGGCAUUUCACUAAAAUCCCAAAGUCUAAGCAUUCCUAGAACAACACGAAACAAUCAGUGUAAUCAAGUUCUUGGAACUUGUGGGGGUAACACAUUUGAUUUUGUUGCUGUUAUUGGAAUUAAAGAGUUUCCAGUUGGAGAUGUAGUUCUCAAAGCAACUGCAAGCACAGAAGAAGCUCUUGGGUUAGGACUAGUCUCAGGGGGCACAGAACUCUUAAUUGACAGUCCUUUCAUGAUUGGAUGUUUCUCACUUCUAAACAAUCUUGUUGGAGAAACUACUUCAAGUGCAUCAACGGCAAAGGAAUGUAUAGUGGCUUGUGUUGAUAAAUUAAAAAGAUUUGCUGCUAUAUCUGGAGGGACCUGCAACUGUUUUGAAGAAUUUCCCAGUCAUUCUGUUUUACCUGACCAGAAUUGUAAAACUCGCUGUGAAAAAAACAGCCAGGAACUCUGUGGGGGAGCAUCUUCUUUUUCAUUCUAUGUUGCAAGUUGUGAGGCUGGCUGGACUAGGUAUGGGGAUGGUUGCUACAAAAAUAUUGGAGAUUUAAACUUCAUCAAAGGUUCAGACACUUGCAGGAAUGAAUUUGCGGAGAUUUAUACUCCAGUUACAAGAGAGGAAGCAUACUGGGUGGCGGAUGCUUUUGGUAUUGAUCAUUCCUCAGAUCACUGGAUUGGGAUGAGAAAAUAUUCAGCCAAGAAAGGAAUGGUUCUGGGUGAUUAUAGAAUAUUUACAGGACUAGUAGACCUCACAAAUGACCUCCGUGGAAACCCAAUAUAUGAAUCAGAUUUUCCAAACGGAAUGUCUAUAAAGCUUGUAGACACAGAUCCUAAAUAUUCAAUCAUACCAAACCAAGGUGGAUGUUCAAAUGUCUGUCCUGUGGUUUGCAGAAAACCAAUUGUUGAAGGAUUUGGAAAUUUUCCAUUAUUAUCAACAAACAAAGUUUGGUUUGAUGUGGAAAAUAGGCAUAGAGCCAUUGCUUUAGAAAGUGCAAUUGAUAUAAAGGGAACUGGGCAAUUGUUUGCAUUUCACAGCAUUGCAUCAACAGACUACAUGGUUCAAUUUAACUUUGCUACAGAUAUUAUCAUCAGUGGAAUAAUAAUCACCACCAAUAAAGCAAACUAUGUUAAAGAAAUGAGGUUGAGGGCAAACCUCGACAAGAACUUUCCAUAUCUCUUCCCAGUGGAUUCUCUUUUGCCGGAGGAUAUUAGUUUUAAAAUAUUGGAAAGCAAUUCGUAUUUUGAUGACAAAGCAGAUUCUAUUAUGGUGACAAGAAAAGUUUAUUUGCCAAAACCUGUUGUGACGAACAAAUUGCGCCUUGACAAAAUAGUUGGUUCUGCUACUCCAGCCUUUAGGAUUGAACUGCUUGGAUUAGACAUGGAGACCAGGAAUUCUUAUAAUAGUCCCUUUAAACCACUAACGGUUAGAACAAGAAGACAGGAUGUAAAUGUCACAACCUCCACAGUUGAAACUGAAACGGAUAGUUAUGAACCUUUCAAUGUAGGAUACAGGAUAUUAAGGGGGAAGGCAGCUCCAGGAAAUGACAUUGCCAAUAAUUCUGUGCAACAUUUCCAAGAGUGUGCAGAUUUCUGCAAAAUCACUCAAAAUUGCAAAAUUUUUGAGUUGGGUCCGGAGUGUCUCGCAAAAAGUUCAGCAACUGGUUUUAAUGAAGACAGAGAACUUGGGCGUUAUUUGUUAGGAGACCUGACUAACAAGUUUGAUAAAGGUCAGAUUUGUCCUGGUGGCCUUGUGACAAUUUCCCUUUUUAUCUAUUCUAGGGUAGUUACAAACCAAACAUAUCUUGGUGGAACACUGUACUUAAAAAACAGUGCUGGAUCUGGGACAACUCUUCAGAUAGACAUUAUGCUUGGAGAUAGAUUCCAUCUUAGAUUAACAGUAAACUCAGCUUCGGAAGAACUUUUCUACUUUGAUACAAUAAAGGAUUACACGGUUUCAUACAGUCAAUAUCUACAAGUAACAGCUGAAUGUGUGGGAACAGGAGGAGCAUAUAAUCUUUACUUAAACGGACAUUUAUUGGGACAAUAUCAGCAGCUCCCUGGAGCAGGAUUUGUUCCUGAUCUGUUUAAAAUCAAGAUGUCUGAUCAUAUAAAAUGGAACACAUUAGAUUAUAGAACAACUAUGCCAUAUGGUAUUUUCUCUGCUCUGCUCGAAACCACAGAUGUUGGAGUUGAUAACAUGACUAAGCUUGGGGAUACUUUUAUACCUGAACUGAAUUCACAUAUUGCAUUUCAUAGGAGAACAACCUGGCCAGGUCAAAGUGUUUUCUACAGAGUCUUAUCUUUAAAGCAACACUGCUACCGAGAUAGGGGUUUAAAUGUCCACUGCAAAUAUCUGACAGAUAAAUGGCAUCCAACAGCAAUGGUAGGUGGAAAAGAGACUCAGAGCCAUAAAGGAAGUGUGCAUUGUGAUUCGCCUUUUAACACUUUUAUUUCCAAGUGCCUUAAUAUACCCAGUAUAGCACAAGGUCUACCUAACCCUGUUUCCUACUCAGAGGCUGAAGGUGUUUGUCAAAAUAGCAACAUGAAGAUUUUGUUCAGCAAUGACCUACUUUUCAAUGCUGGGUUGAAAGCUUAUCUUACAGACCCAGCAAUACAGUCUAAAGAUUUUUGGAUUGGUAAACUAAAGGAUGUUGAUAAUCUUGCUAAACCAAAUACAGACUGGAGUCCCAAUGGCAGAGAUGCAACCAAGGACUGUGUGAUUGCUGAUUCCACAAAUGCAUUUAAAUGGAAAUCUGCUGACUGUACAAGUCUUGGCACCUUUCUAUGUGAAGGAACAACCCCAGACUGUCCCUUUGGUUACACCCAUUUGCCAAAUGCAGGUCCAAAUAAAAAUUCCUGCUUUAAAAUAAACAGUGGAGGUCAGCUUAGUGCGGGAAAAAUAACAUCCAGUAUUUCCACAGCUGAAAGUUUAUGCAUGGAAGAUGGAACUAGAUUAGCUAGUCCAACUAAAUCUGAUGGUCAAGGCCUUAGAGAUUGGUUUAACUUUUUCCCUGAUCACAGAUAUACCGGUGAAUUAGGAAGAAUGACAAACUUAUGGUUAGGUUAUAGACAUUUCAAGCAGUCCUUGACUAAGUCUGCUUCAUGUACAAGCUGUAACUGGCCUGAUGGUUCUAUAAGUCCCUGGCAACAACAAAUAAUUCCUGAAUCCCAAAUGAACUCUGGCAAUAUUCUUGGAGCUUCCACUGACUAUUCAAAGUGUUUCAAUUUUGAUAGAGUAAAAAUCAAACAAGACUUAAAAUGUGCAGAAGAGGUCAAUGAGUACCAUGCAUUAUGUGAAUAUAGGGGAUGUGAAACAACUUCUGCUGUCAAAUGUAAAUUUCCUUUCCGCUAUGCAGGUCGAUUAUAUAAUACAUGUAUUAAAUUUGGAAUACCAGAAUCUCCAGCCUGGUGUGCAACUUCAGUAGAUUCAAAUUUAAAUAUAAAAACACAGGGAAACUGUUCAAGUUCAUGUGAAAUAAAUAAUUGUCCAGUUGGGUUUCAUCCACACUUAGCAACAUGUUUGAGACCAUCAGCAAGCCAUACUUUAGACACUGCUAAAAGCAUUGACGAGGCUGAAGCCAAAUGCUUUAAACUUGGGGCCCGACUCUACCAGCCUAGAAGCAGCAGAAGUCUAAAGUCCUUGACCCAGAAAAAUGGACAAUUUUUCUCCCUAGGUUCAAAAUCUAUACUACCUCAAGCAUCUGGAAAUGUGAGAGUGGCAAUAGGAGUAAACUUUUCUGUUGAAAGUAAUGAGCUUUUUUACAAAGAUGGCAGUGCUUUCCCUUAUUCCUUAAUAGAAAUCUCCGGUGAUUGGUCUUGGUUAAACUCAAAUCCAAGCCUUGAUGUGGAAAAAACUUGUAUUUUCUUGAAAAAUGGGAAUCAAUUUGUAAAUGAUGUUUGCAAUGGAUACUCAGUUGAUGGAAAAGAUUAUCUCAGUUAUAUCUGUGAAGCAAGACCCCUUCAAACCCUGGGACCCAAACCAUCUGCUUGCCAUUUUCCAUUCAAAAGAAGCACUAAUGAUGAAUGGCAUCAUAGCUGCAUCUAUGAGUUGGUAGCGGGUGUGUCGAAAGUUUGGUGUGCAACAGAAGUAGAUGCUAAUGGAAUCAUGAAACCAGGAAUGUUUGGUAAUUGUGAAGAAGAUGAGAGAGACACUGCUUAUGAUGGACCAGGCGCAGAUAAUACCUGCAAGAUUCCUUUCUUUAUGGAUGGAGUGUGGUUUGAAAACUGCACACUAGGAAUCAGAGAUAAAUACUGGUGUCCUACCUCAGUUGAUCCUGUCUCAAGAAUUCAAACAGCUGCCAGUUCAUGGGGUUACUGUAACAACCAUCUUAUUCCUGAAAUAGAAGACUGUCAAGAAAAUUAUUACAAGGUUGAUGAUCUUUGUGUAAGAGUUUCUCCUUACAAAUUGACAUGGGAUGAUGCAGAAGCACAGUGUAAAGAAGAAGGUGGUCAUCUUAUGCAUAUUCAAACAGUGCGGGCACAAUCAGAGCUUGAAGAAUUAAUCAAAGAUCAGAUAAAGAAAAAAGCUUUCUUUGCUGAAAAACAAUGGACUACUGAGGCAUUGGAUGGAUUUUGGAUUGGAGGAACAGUUCGACAUAUGAAUCAAUGGAUUUGGGAAGGAAAGUUAACUCCAGUGAAGGAUAACUUUACAAACUGGGAUAAGUCAUUGGAAGGAGUUGGAUGUUCUCCAGUCUGUCUUUCCAGGAAUAACAGAAUGCUGUUGCAAAAUGGUGGUAGGUUUACCUGGAUUGCAAAACAAAUGGGUAAUAAAUAUCCAUACAUAUGUGCUUCCCAGUGUAAACUUGGAUAUGUUUGGAGGCAUGAAGCAAGAAAAUGUGUAAAAGUGAUCAAGGAAGCUGCAAAAUUCACAGAGGCUGAGCUUCAAUGUUCACUUGAUAAUGGUCGUCUAGCCUCAGUUUUCACAUGCAAAGAAUUUGUUGGAUUGGCUCUUAGUUUGUGGAAUAAAUAUUCUGAUUUAACUAAUACAUAUUGGUUUGGGAUCUAUUUGGAUGGUCUAGAUUCUUAUACCAUGAGAAAAUCUGGCCAAAUUAUAGGCAGCAGCGGAUUCUCUACUGUAAAUGUAAAUUCUCUCACUGACUGCACAGUAAAUAACGUAGAAAUGACAGUGGAUGGUACAGUUGGAUUAACUUCUAUUACCCCAAGACCAUUAGGAUAUCAUGGAGAAAUGAUAUAUAAUACAGAUAAGUCAGCAAAAGUUAAAGUUUAUGAAUUUGGCUUGACAGAUGCAACAGUUCCAGGCAAAUAUCUCUGUGAAAAAGAAACAGACUAUAUUUGUCCGCAGGGUUUCCUGUUAUUUCAACAGCUGUGCUACAAGCUUCAUCAAGAGGAGGUUGAGCAGGCAGAAGCAGAACGAGUAUGUGUCAGCAAUGGUGGGAAUCUAUUAAAAGUUCAAACUGGAAUGCAACAUACCUUUCUUGUUGCUGCACUGAAUACAAACUCAAAUUUUACAAAAGUAUGGUUAACAUAUCAGAAACAAACACAAGACCCUACUGAAAAUACUUACUACCCAACAAGUGUUAAUGAUGGACCCUUCAUGUUUGAUAGUGUUUUUUCAUCUUCAACUGAAACCAGUUCAGAUGAGAUUAACUGUGUAUUAAUGGAUUCUAAUGAUGUUGAAAAGUUUUCUUGGAAGAAAGUGUCAUGUCAUUCAAAAGCCAGUUUCAUUUGUGAAAAUUCUUUGAUAUUAAAUCCUGAACAAGUGAGGUCAAUACCUAAAAUACAAGCACUAUUGCCAUUAGAUGAGCUAUCUGGAUUUACUGACCUUGCAACAAUUACAAGAAUCAACAAUGCAAGUCUUGUUUCAAUAACCUCUGAAAGUGUUAUUAAGAGUGGUCUUACUGGAUCUGCAUAUUUCAUGGGACACACAGAGUCUUAUAUUGAUGUAGAGACAAAGGAUAACAUUUUGCUCACUGAAUUUGGAAUAUCUAUAUCAAUGUGGGUAAAUAUUGAGAAAAUAUUUGAUAAUGAGGUUCAUCCACUUAUUGAUGGUAGUGAAGACUGUAUAGAUGGAACUGAAAAGCCAGGAUUUACCAUGAUGUUAACAAGAGCUGGCUCUAGUCUAAAUAUUGCAUCUGGAGCACCAUCUAGUUGCUUUGAUGUAUUUAACAAUUCUAAAACUGACAGCAUAUCUGGCACUGAAACUGAUGAUAUAUUUGUGACGGUUAUAUCAAGACUUUGCUCAAUCAAAGGUGAUGGAUCACUAAGCUGUAGUACAUUUUCAUCCUCAUUCAACAACCCUCUUAGCCCUGAGACAUGGCAUCACAUAGGUUUUACCUUUGAUGAUGUUGAAAAUCGUGGAACUUUUUUUGUGGAUGAAACUUUUGGAUAUACUGAUAUAACUGUAUCACCUGCAACUGUACAUGACAAUAAAUACUUUACCUUUGAUACCAAUGGCUGGAUGUCAACAGCAAUGAACAGUUUUGUACGCAUUGGAUCAUUGAAAAAUCAAGCUAAAGAGGACAAUGGAAGUGGUUACGGUAAAGCGCACUUUAAUGGAUUGAUGUCUUGCUUACAAAUAUAUGAAGGCCCUCUAAACAUUGUCCAAUUCCACCAUUUGGCAAGUUGCCCGGUGCCUCUGAAUUACCAAAAUAAAGCAACAUUAUGCCCUAUUGGAUAUGAUUAUUACAAACAAAAAUGUUACAAGUUAUCCUUAAGUCCUCAAGACUUUGCAACUGCUGAAGCUUCCUGCACUUCCAGCCCAGAUUCCAAAUACCUGACGUAUCUUGGUUAUCCCAAGGAUAGAAGAUCGCAAGAAUAUUUAUCUAACUUCUACUUUCAAAGAAAGGGUAUUGAUUCACUUUGGAUUGGUUUGGAUUCAAGGUCUAAUCACCCCAUUUCUGAUCCUUUGAUAUGGAAAGCAUCAAAUGGAGACAAUGCUGAUACUACAAAAAUACACUGGGGAGGGGGAAUUCCAACUACUGCUGAUUCCAAACUUUGUGCUGCCAUUGACAAUUCAGAAAAAGGAAAAAUUGUUCCCAACAACUGCUUAACAAAACUUUUCUACACUUGUGAGACAGAUGCUUCAGAUGCUGAUACAAAACAAGAAACUCCUUGUCCUAAAGGUUAUUUCUUUUAUAAAAAAGAGUGUUAUUUAUAUCAUGGUGAGUUGACUGACUUUGAUACAGGAGAGGAGAUGUGUGCCAAGCAUGGAGGAAAACUUCUAACCUUAAAUAAUAGAGCUACUUAUCACUUUAUCAGAGCACAUGCUACCGUUUAUGGUCUUCAAAAUAUUGUUCUGGGCUUAAAUUUUUCAACAAACAUACCAGAUAAACUGGUACUGGAUGUGUAUGACAAUGAGUUUAUUAAGGGUCAAAGCUACAGUUUUGAUUCUGAUCAAAUUGAUAAGUAUGGAAAAGGACCCUGUGUUGUGCUUAAAAAGGGAAUUCGAUAUCUUCCACGAGAUAGUGAGUGUGACGAACCUUUGCAAAUUGUCUGCAAAUGGAAUGCUCCAACUUGUCCUGGUUUUGUUGUGGCCAGAGGAGAAAGAGACUCUAGAUCCUGUUAUUACAUAUCAUCAACCCCUGAUUCUGCAGCAAAUGUGGCGAUAACUUGUAGUUCUCCACAAAAUUUCUUAAUUAGACCUGGAUUACCAAGUGAACUUGGCAUAAUCAAAGCAAUAAAACCUCAACCUAGAGAAGAAUUCUAUUGGAUUGAUGGAUACACACCAGGAGACUUUAAUUGGACAACAUAUGGAUUCAGGGAGAAGGAUGAUAAUAGAUAUGUUCAGGACAUCAGGGAUUUCAGAUGGAACAGAACUUGGUCUGAAAUUGGUGCUGUCAAGAUGUUCAACUUUCCUAAAACAACUAAUAUCAAGAUAAUGGCUCCUGAGGGUUUAUGUGGUGCAACUUCUAAAAAUAAGCUGUACAUCAAGGGACAAUUUAACUUAGGAAGAAUCAGUGCAGAUCCUCCCUUAAUUUACUUUAAGGUCAAUAAAACAACUGAACUGUUCAAGUUUAUCUUCAAUCUUGGAGCAGACAAGAAUUCUCCUAACUCAUAUUCCCUUUGGUCUGUUAUCAAUGGGGUAAACCAGACAGAUGUAAAUGUUACACUAUCGGACUUUAACAAGACAAACCCAGAGUUCAACAUGACAAUAUCAUGUGUUGAUCUUGACAAUCUUCACAAAUUCAAGGUUGUGUUUAAUUACUGGAGUUCUGGAAAUGAUCCCAAUGCUCUGGUAAGAACAAAAGAAAACUGGGAUACUGAGUAUACUGUUAGUUCAGCAAUUAACAGCACUGAUAUAGCUGAAAUUCUCAUCAAAGGAGGCAUGAAUAUAUACUUUGCUAAUUUUACUGAGGAAAAAUGCUUAGGACUUUCUGCCAAUGGUUUGGUUGUUCCAAUGAGUGGAAACAAUUGUGCAUUGCCCAAAAAAACGGUUUGUGAAUUCCAGAGCUGUUACACAAAAGAAGGAAAUGAAUGCAUAUUUCCAUUCACCUACAAAGAAGUUGUUCAUCAUAAAUGUAUAUCUGAAGAUGUAUAUCAGCCCUGGUGUGCAACAAAGAUUGUUAAUGGGACCACCAACAUUGAACAGUGGGGUCUUUGUUUAGAUGAUUGUGUAAGUGAAGAACCUUUACCAUCAUGUUUAUCACCGCCAACUGUUCCUAUGUUUGGAAUACGAAACAGCUCAAUGCAUCCCCAAUUUGAGAACUAUGCUUCCAAUUGGUUUGCUUUGUCUUUUCUAAAUAACCAGGAUGGAAGUCCCAAUCAUACACAUUACAAGAUAUCUAGAGAAACAAGAGAAAAGCUUUGGCAGCCAUGGAUGAUUUAUAAUGCAUCGGAAAAAAUAGAAAAUAACCUUGAAUUUAUAGCUUCCUCUAAAGAUGAUCAUUUCAAUGAUGUUUAUCAAAUAAUGCCAAAUGGCAGUGUGGCAAGUUAUACAUGUCCUGAAGGAUGGGUGUUUGAAGACAGUUUCAAUAUAACACAAUAUUCAUAUUGUGAAAAUGGAACUUGGCGGGAAGAUUUCAAUGCAUCUAAAAAAUGCACUCCUGUAGUUUGCAAGGAGGAAAAUAUACCUGUUUUUAAUACAACCAGGGGAGUUAAUGGAACUGUUAAUUGGAAAGAACAGAAAGCAGCAGAUCCUAGAUGGUGGAAUUCUUAUAAGAAAAGAAUAACCUACACCUGCCCUACUGGAUAUGUAAUAGAAAACCCAUAUGGAAACUAUAAUGAACAACCAAACCCCAUUCCAAAAGAACAGUUUACUUUUGAUGUUGAAUGUGGACCUAAUGCAAAAUGGAGACCAAUCCCAUCAUAUGGAGGAAAUCUAAUGCCCAACUGUAUUGCCAUAAACUGUACUGAGCCUCCUUUCCUGCCUCCUCAGAAUGACCUGGGAAGAUAUAACUGGACAGCAGUUGAUGGAAAGGAUCCUAGACCCUAUGCUUCAGCUAUAAGAUAUUUUUGUCCAGCUAUUGGUUGGGGAUACCCUAGCAAUGGGUUAAAUGAGGCUUUAGUGUUCUGUCGGAGGGAUGGAACUUGGAGUAACAGAUUUAAUAUUGAAAGAUGCAUCAAACUACCAUGUCCAGCCCAACCCCCUCCAAUCCUACCUGGAGAAGGAACAGAGAGAAAUUACAACCCUGAGAUUACAACCUAUCGUUGCCCAAAUGGAUACCAGUGGGAAGGAGGACAGUUUCCUUAUCUCGAGGUGGAGUGCUUAAACAAAAAAUGGCAGCCAAGCACACUUCCUUCUUGUGUGAAGAGGUCUUGUGGACUUGAUGUACCAACUCCUUGGAUGAAUAUGGAUGUUUCUUGGCCGUAUAAGAAGAGAUCUCUGGGGGAUAGCCUUCUGUAUGAUUGCCCAAGUAGCUUAAUGGUUUGGCAUACCAAUCAAACUACACAAAAGGUUACCUGUAUUUGGCACAAACCAACGGAUUCAAUGAUAUGGUGGCCGCCUCAAGUUCAUAAUUGCAACCGUAAGUUGUUUAUACUAAUUUUGAAUCAAAAAUUUUGAUUUAGACAUCAAUUUUAACGUUUAGGGAUGUAACAAUAAACUUUGAUCUAUAGUACGCUGACCUAACUUAUAGGAAGGAAUUUUAAAAAAGGAAAAAAAUAUAUUAUUUUUAUUACUCUUUUUUUUCUUUAUUUCACUUGACAUCUAAUGUCAUGAUUUUUACUAUGUGAUACCGAGCCAAGAUGGCGUCCUCUGGUGAUCUGAACAAAACUAAAUUGUUGGUAAGUUAUAGAUCUUUCUGCAACCAAUCCCUUAAAUGGAAACCCUUGCACCGAAAUGAUUAAACGUUUUGAGCCUAGAUAGUUAAACUUUAGAGCUUUCAGCUCCUGAGGGUUUUAAAGUUUAACUAGUUAUGUGUGCAUGCGAAUAAUAAUAAUAAUAAUAAUAAACAUUUUGUUUCUUUUUUUAGCAUAGGUUGAACUACAAACAAAAGGUAGGUGUUUUUUGAAAGCCAUUUUUUCUGAAAAAUGAUUUUCAUAAACAAAAAGAACUAGAGAAUUUAUAACAUUUAUUUUAAAAAUGCGAUUUUACAUCCCUGGAAUGGGUUUUAAGGAUGGGAUAUAAAUCUUUAUACAACUGCUAAACUUACCUUAAUUUAUUUCUUUCGUUUGUUGUAUGAUUUUAAUAUGUGAAAAAUCUAGACCAUGAUUUAGUCUUAUUAAAAGUUUUAUAAUUCUUUUUUUUUUAUUAAAAUUACAGCUUUACAUGUUAAAAUAUUACUUAAUACAAAAGU